UCAAUCUUUAAAGUUUAAACAAUUCUGCCCGGUGGGGCAAUUAAGGUAGGCGAUCAAACCAAGCGUGCACAGCGAAACCCUAGCGUUAGGGUUUAAAUGUCCUCUCAAUUCCCUCCACCGAGAAAGCAUCUUUCUCUAAAUUGAUUGAUUUCUUGUGUUUUAUUCUCUCAAGAUUGGUGUUGGUGAAAUUUUGUUGUUCUCUGUUCAAUCGGGCCUUAUUGCUCACUGCGCCUUCAAAUCCAUGGUCGUCAGUUUACCAUGGAUCCAUUUCAUCAGAUUGAACAACAAGAAGACGAGUGGGACACUGAUGGAUUUGUGAUUCCAAGUUUGGGAAUUGAAGAUUCAGAUCAAAAUAAACCUCAUGUACAUGAUGUAGAAUCUUCUAAUUCUGCAGCACAGGCUAAGAAGGAAGAAAACAUCUAUUUGGGCCCACAUGGAGCGCCUCCUUCCCUAGCAAAACAGCAAGAGCUAAAUUCAUCCAACCGGAAGCAGAAGUUCAAGCAAAAACUGAAGGAAGCUGACAAGAGAAUUAGUGGGACGGGCAGGGAGAAUAAGGUGGAUAACCUGAGGGAGCUUGUGGGUGGGGGAAAAUUAUGCAUCAACAAUGCAAAGGAAUCAACCAAGGAUUGGUUAGAUCCACAUUGCCAAGAAUCUGAAUUUGAGAGGAGGUAAUGUCUUCCCACAGACAUUUGGCAUUAUAGAAAUGGCAUUGGAGAUUUUUUUUAGCUAUUUUAUUCUUCAAGAUUGUCAACAUAAGCACCUUUUGUUACACAGUUUGAUGUCAUCUCUCAAAGACCCAAGUCUCAGAUCAUGUACUCUGACAAUAAAUUUAUCAUGAGUUAGUCCUUUGAUAAUAAAGGUCUUGUGCCUCAAAGUUAAUCGUGCUUAACAGGAGUUAUUAAGGAGCUAAGUUCACCUUA